UCCUCUUGUCCCUUCCUUUUCUCUCCCGCGGCAUUUCGCCCACAGUCGGAGACGGUCUCCUCAAGUGCCUUCUGCCAUGGCAGCAUCCUCUUGCUUCUCCUCUUUCUGCCCCUUCCAAACAACUAGAAGCCAUUCCCUCUACCCCUCCCCGUCAUCUCGUGGAUUCCUUAGGUUGUCAUCUUCCUCUUGCCCCUCUCUUCCGCCCACCAUCUUCGCAUCCUCAGCCCGGCAGUCCGCUUCUUCCGGCUCUCAGUACUCCCUUACUGUGUUUCCCGUCAUUAAUAUUAAGAGGCUGUCCAAGAUUCUAGCUGUCGUUGAGGAGAAACCGACGGUGGAAACAUCGGUGCCUGAGGAAUCGACGCCAGAGGCCGUGGAGGAGGCAUUACCAAGAGAAUCUCGACCAUUUAGACUCUAUGUCUGCAAUCUCCCUGAAAGUACUGACGUUGCUGAGCUAUCGGAAUUGUUCAAGCCAUAUGGGUCGGUGCUAUCGGUAGAGGUUUCUCGAAAUGCUGAGUCUGGGAAAAGUCGAGGAUCUGGUUAUGUUACAAUGAGUUCAAGAGACGAGGCUAAAGAUGCACUUUCUGCAUUGGAUAGAACUGAUCUUGGUGGUCGAGAUUUAUGUGUGAGAUAUGCUCCUCCUGCUUCUCCCAGAACAAAAGAACCUCCUAAACAGAACUUUAUCCUUGAGAGUCCUCAUAAGCUCUAUGUUGGCAAUCUUGCAUGGUCGGUGAGACCUGAGCACUUGAAGGAGCACUUUAGUCAAUAUGGAACUGUAGUUAGUGCCAGAAUACUGUACGAUCGCAAAUUGGGGAAAAAUCGUGUAUAUGGUUUUCUGUCUUUUUCAUCUGCUGAAGUGCUUGAGGCUGCAAAAGCUUCAGAUGGAGUGGAGUUCCAUGGUCGUACAAUGUUAGUUAGAGGAACCAUUUCAAAGGGCGAGACAUAGCAAUUCACUAGCUAUUCUGGAAGAACCUUUUUCUGAAUGACGCAUUCUAAAGAGAGAAGGUUGUAGGAAUCUUGCUUCCCCUCUUGCAUCCAUCACAAAGAAGCCAGAUCAGGUACUUAAUUGUACACUAUUAUGCUUGAGUUACCAAGUAUUGUGAAGUAGCCAAUAUUGAAAUUUUGAAAUUUGCUCGUAUAUAUUGUGGCAUUGAAUGAAGAGAGCAUACACAGAUGUUGGAUGACAUUACUGAAACAAAGUUUAGUUCUACA